GUAGAAAGCUCCUCUCCUCACUUAAAUUUUUCACAUCAAUGGCGAUUCUCUCAUCAUCGAUCUCCAUAGCCAGUUUCUUCGAAGCGCGCAAGAGAGAUACAAAGAUCUAAACGACGAAGAGAACAAAAUGUCUCACUGUAUCUCAAGAUUCACAGUUCCACACACUUUAUUGGCAACUUCAUCACAUAGACCUCGCACCGAUCUAUCAUCCUCUCCGGCGAAUUUCCCCAAUCUGGUCGCCGUUAAAAAUGGCGGAAGAAGAGGAAUCGCAGCCGUGGCGGCGGAUGGCCGAGACGGCCUUGACCAAUUGCAGCAGAGGUCAAUCAAGAGCCAGCCCAGAAGAAGGUCUUCCCCGGCAGUGGCACCCGUAGGUUUGUGGGAUAGGUUUCCAACUGCAAAGACAGUGCAACAGAUGCUGGAAACAAUGGAGAGACUGAUGGAGGACCCAAUGGCCUACAAUGGAAGGUGGUCUUCUUCCUCUUCUUCUUCUUCUUCCUCCUCCGCACCCCAAGAGAACGGAGGAGGGUAUGGGUUUGGGAGGGGGAGAACGCCGUGGGAGAUCAAAGAAGGCGAGGGCGAGUACAAGAUGAGGUUCGACAUGCCUGGGAUGGCCAGAGAGGAUGUCAAGGUGUGGGUCCACGAGAGAAUGCUGGUGCUCAAAGCAGAGAAAGCAAGGAAGAAGAUGAAGACCAAGAAGAGUGGAGAGGAAGAGAAUGAAGGUGAUGAUGAGAGGGAGGAGGAAGAGUGGCCUGCAAGUGGGUUUGGAAGGUAUGGUACCAGAAUUGCCCUCCCUGAGAAUGUGGAGUUUGAGAAGAUCAGGGCUGAGGUUAAGGAUGGUGUGUUGUAUGUCACCAUACCAAAGGCUACUCCUACUGCUAAGGUUUUUGACAUUAGUGUUGAUUGAGAAAGAGUGAUUGUGUCUUAUUGGCUGUUGUAUUGAAGGUCUCUUUGGUCAUCUCAUUUAAUUUUUUUUUAAUGAUUGUUCUCUUUUAUGGAUUUUGUGAUAAUGGCCUUGUUUGGAAAAAGUAUAUACAAUUAAUGUUAGUGUUUUGG